CGCACUAUAAACCCUUUGCAUGACUCUAAAACGCAAGAAUUUGUCAAAGCGAAAAAAAAUGCUUUCGUUAAUGUUUUCUACGCUCGUACUUUGCGGAGCUACCGUUUCCGAAGGAAAACUCUACCUAGUGGCAGUUAAAACCGCGAAUGAAGACUGGGCCGGCACUGACGCUUCAGUUUACAUCCGAAUUCGAGGCUCAGAAGGAGGACCGAUAGAAAGACAAAUAAAAGGAGACUUCGAGAAGGAUAAAACUUCAAUCAUUGAUGUCAACGAUUACGACAUUGGAAAAGUCACGGGGAUGGAGAUCAAACGUGAUAAGAGUGGGCUUGCACCAGGUUGGAAACUUGAAAAGAUCACUAUCCAAGUCCAGGGUGCCAUAGAUAGUAUCUUUAACUACAACAAAUGGCUCCCCAAAAACAAGUGGACAACAUUAACCCUCUCUUGCCCAAGUGGAUUUAAAAUAAAUAAGGACAAAGGCUACUGUGACGUCGAAGAUAUAGAUGAAUGUAAGCAAAGUCCCCCCAUUUGUGUCUACCCUGCCGAGUGCUACAACACCGCGGGCUCAUACUACUGCCAAUGUCCACCUGGUUACGUAAAAAAGGCAAAUUCAAACAACGAGUGUGAAGAUGUGGAUGACUGCAAACAGGGACAACCAUGCGAUCCAGUAACGUCGAAAUCUUGUGAGAACACUCCUGGUGAUUAUAAGUGCAUUUGCAAGGAUGGCUACCAGAACUCAAAUCCCAAGAAUUGCAUAAAUAUAGAUGAGUGUUCCUCGGGUAAUGAUACUUGCAACAAGUCAGUCUCGACCUGUAAAGAUGUCGGUGGAACCUUUUUUUGCGUCUGCAAGGAAGGAUACACUCAGGGAGCAAAUAACAAGAUCUGUCAACCCGUCAAGUGCGGUGCCCUCAGUGUCCCCUCCAGAAGUAAUCUGACACCACCAAGAUGCGCUCAACUGGAUUCUAAUGUCUUUGGUGAUAAAUGCGUGAUGACGUGCAAAGACGGUUACGUCCUUGAUGAUAUCCAACACGGAACUCUUACUUGUAGCAAAUCUGGCGGGUGGGAGGGAAACAUGGGCACGUGCAACCCCGUUCAGUGUCCUGCCUUGCCAGCAAUUGCAAAUGGAAAUAUAUACCCCUCAUAUUGCACAACUACUGGCGAAAGUUACACACACAUGUGUACGUACACUUGCAGCAGCGGUUACCAGCUCGCAGGGUUGGGGACUAGACGGUGCCUAAAGGACAAGAGCUGGAGCGGAGUGACACCGACUUGCAGUCUAAUUGUAAGCAAGCCUUGGAUCGAGUGUCCGGCUAACAUAAGAAAAGUUUUAGCUCCAGGACAAGAUACAGCUGUUGUUAGCGCUGAGUGGAAGUUACCCAUCUCAAAUUUGCAGGAAAUAACAGUCAACCCGCCUGAAAUCUCCAAAAAUUACCCGUUCCCGCCUGGAACAACAAAAGUCGAUUGGACAGUGUCUAACUCAGCAGGAACCGCCAGCUGUUCUAUGUAUGUUACUAUCAGUGAUGAAGAGCCUCCUAAAGUUAUCAGCUGUCCCAGUGAUAUCUAUGAAACUUCCGACGCACCUAAAAGUGUUUCUUGGAUUGAGCCGACCUUCAAUGACAAUGUCAAGGUUAUAAAGGUGGAAAGCCAAUAUAAAAGUGGACAUGUUUUCCAGUUUGUCCCAACUAAAGUUGAAUACAGAGCGUUCGACGCCGAAGGAAACACCGCAAAAUGCGAGUUCACCGUGACACUCAAACUGCCGGAUUGCCACGACCCUGAUGGCCCCUUUGGUGGCAGCAAAACAUGUUCUAAGGUGGGCCAUACAUCUUCCUUCUGCCAGAUUCAGUGCCCCAGUGGAAGUAAUCUGUACAAGCAACCACCUGACGUAUACUUUUGGCAAUGCAGAAAUGGAGUCUGGAGCCCUUCUGCCACAAUUCCUGAUUGUGUCGUGUCCUCGAAAAAAGACCCGAACAAGCCAUGUGAAGAAGGUCGAAUCGAAAUGGAUGUAACCGUGUUUUUCAAGAAGGAACUGCACUGUGCUAAAUGUCCCACUGGCAUGUAUCAAUCAUCGAACACAAAUUGCAGUCCAUGUCCUGCUGGAACUUACAAUGACCAGCAAGGACACAGACAGUGCACCCAAAAGUGUCCCGUAGGUACCUCCUCAUUACCCGGAGCAAGAUCCGCUGUUUACUGCAGAAGCUUAUGUCCGCCUGGAAGGUUCUCCUCGGAUGGCCUGGGACCAAACUGUCUGAAUUGUCCACCUGACACGUAUCAGCACAAAGCGCAGCAGACUGAUUGUAUCGCGUGUCCCAACGGAACUAGCACUAUCGCACCUGGCUCAAGUUCGCUUAAUGAUUGUGGAGCAAAACCAAAAGUCUCUAUGGCUCAGCAAGAGGUUACCAUAAAUGAAAAGGAAACCGUAUCACUUGACUGUUUUGCACGCGAGAAGCCAACGCCCACAUUCACAUGGAAAUUCUUGCGGAACAUUCCUCUGGCAUUCCUUGGAAAGAUGUCACAAGGAAGCUUGAAAGAUGCGAAUGGAGCUGUGAUUGGUUCACGUCUGACGAUUACAGGAGCCACAGUCGAGAACACAGGGUCUUACGAGUGUACUGCGAGUAACACCCAUGGCAUUGAUACGGGACUGUCAAAACUCACCGUCAAACCAGUCAUAAAUUAUCCCGAAGGCUCUGGUGCUUAGAUGAUUUAAGAUCGAGAGGAUUAAUUCAGAAGUUCUUAGAGCUAGAGGAUCCCAGAUUAGACACAGAGAUAAAAAGGACAACAUGUGAUUGCAGAAAUAAAAAGAAUCUACAAUUCGAUCGUCA